CCAACUGCCUUACAGUUCAAAUAUUAUCACCUCCUGGGUUUUGCUCACACCUCUGUUUCCAAGUGUGAUACUUUUCUAGAGUUGCUGCAUGAAAGACCCAUGCAAACAUCAGAAGAAAAAGCGGGAGUGACUGACUUUGAGGAAUAGCAGGAGUAACUGUAUGUAAAGUGUUGUAGCAAAGGAAAAUUAUUUUCUUCUAAACUAUUUCAAGUGUAGUCAUCUGAGCUAUGUCACUUGUAAAAGCCACUCAGAAAUCUUCAGGAAACGUGCUCUUUUCUUAUUGUGUUGCUCAGAUAAUCAACUUCCCUCCAGCAACAAAAGCUCUCCUUUUAAGAAUCAGGUUGCUUUUGAAAUCAGCAGGGGGCACUUUAUCAUUAAACCAAAUGAGGUCAUCUGUACUGCCAAGUAUCCAGACACAAACAACCAGACACAAGCUUACUGUAAGCUAGUCUUCAUAAAACCCAGCAAAAUGUUCACUAGCAGAGAUAAAAAUGGAGUAUCAUUCAUCUUAUGAUGCUUUUGCCUUACUCUAAGCUGGGGUAUGACAUGUUACUAAACCAACAAACAAGGCUCAGAGAUCACACCUUAGCAAGCUGGAAAUGGUUACUUAUUUCUCCAGAUCUGUGGAGUUUGAAUGCUGCAUUUAUUUUAUAGGAAUUUUCUUCCCAUCUCACUACUGGUAUUAUUUUACUGCAGUUGGGCAUUUCAGAGACCUGGUGUCUAUGCUCUUGCAAGGAACACGUACAGCUGCAUGCCUAGUUCUGAAUUUCCCUAUCUCUUGCCCCAGAAGAGGAAAUAGGCUUGUUUUCAUGUGAUUGACAAGCAGCGGAACUUGUGAAAGUGACACGGGUGUAGAAACAGCAACCCACAGAGCCUUUUGUCUCAGACUGGUUGUAGCUAUCAGUGUGAUCAGGACCCAGAGAAGUUUUACCCUGGAUAUGGAGCGAGAACCAAGGCGAAUAAGGGAAGGAUACUUGGUUAAGAAGGGUAGCAUGUUUAAUACCUGGAAGCCAAUGUGGGUAGUACUCCUAGAAGAUGGAAUUGAAUUUUAUAAGAAGAAGAUUGACAACAGUCCCAAAGGAAUGAUCCCUCUAAAAGGAAGUUCUCUUACUUGCCCAUGUCAGGAUUUUGGUAAAAGGAUGUUUGUCUUCAAGCUUGCCACAGCCAAACAAGAACACUUUUUCCAAGCUGCCUACCUUGAGGAGAGAGAUGCCUGGGUGCGUGACAUAAAGAAGGCUAUUCAGUGCAUUGAGGGAGGCCAAAAGUUUGCCAGAAAAUCCACCAGAAGGUCCAUAAAACUGCCUGAAACCAUCAAUUUGAGUGCUCUGUAUCUUUCAAUGAAGGAUCCAGAAAAAGGAGUAAAAGAAUUGAAGCUGGAAAAGGACAAAAAAGUGUUCAAUCACUGUUUUGCAGGCACAUCUGUGAUUGACUGGCUGGUAUCAAGCAACUCGAUCCGAAAUCGCAAAGAGGGUCUCAUGCUGGCCUCUUCCCUGUUAAAUGAAGGCUACCUGCACCCUGCUGGGGACACUUCCAAAGCUGCAGCUGAAGGAAUAUCAGACACUCCCUUUCUGGAUCUUCCUGAUGCCUAUUAUUACUUUCCAGACAGCGGGUUCUUCUGUGAAGGGAAUUCCAGUGACGAGGAUGUGGUCCUGAAGGAAGAGUUCAGGGGCAUAGUGGUUAAACAGGGAUGUUUACUAAAGCAGGGGCAUCGGAGGAAAAACUGGAAAGUCAGAAAGUUUGUUUUAAGAGAGGACCCUGCAUACCUGCACUACUAUGAUCCAGCCGGGGGAGAAGAUCCAUUAGGAGCAAUUCACUUGAGGGGUUGUGUGGUGAGUGCAGUUGAAGACAUGCCAGAUGCCAAGAAGCAUGAAGCUGACAGCAACCUUUUUGAAAUCAUCACAGCAAACGAUGUGCACUAUUUCUUGCAAGCAGCCGCCUCUACAGAGCGCACAGAGUGGAUCAAAGCAAUUCAGCUGGUUGCUAGGACCGGGAAGUAAAUAUUUGCCACCUGCAAAAUGCCUUCCGCUCUCAACCUUCCAAGGGAUUUUGAGAUGUAAACCAGAGAAAGUGAUUUAAUCUGGACAUCUUCCAUGUUUCAGGGAUGUAUUUGGUAGCUGUGUUGGUCUGAGACAAAAAGAAAUGCAAAAAUCUAGAACUC